UGAUCGCGCGACUCUGUUGACGUCAUUUUCACGCGCCAUAACAGUUGCUGGGGAGCUCGCCAAGCCCGUCAACUCAGAUAAUCAUAUUAUUUUUGUUCUAGAAUGGCUCCCACGAAAAAGGGGAAGAAAGUUGUAAACCAAGAGGAACUUCGGCGAUUGAUGCGGGAGAAGCAAAGGCAAACGUCCGAAAAGAAGCGCAUCGAGUCCCCGUUUGCCAAAUAUAACAGCUUGGGACACUUGAGCUGUGCUCUGUGCAACACGCAUGUCAAGUCUGAGCUCCUGUGGGCCGCUCACGUCCUGGGAAAACAGCACAAGGAGAAGGUGAGCGAGCUUAAAGAGGGGAAACAGACUCCGCAAAAUCAAGCGGUGAAGAGAAAAGUGACGGACGGCGAUGAGGACGUCAACGUGAAAAAAGCGAAACAAACGCCCGGUCAGUCGACCGCGGCGGUACCUGGAGAUUUCAUUGAGAAAGCAAAUUCUGUCAAAACGUCUGCUGGUGUUAGUCUACUAUCUGGAGUUUAUGAUGAUGACGACGACGAAGAUGAAGAGAUGCCCACGGCAGAAGAAUCGACCACCGGUACUCCUCAGCCUGCGGAAUCAGCUGGACUACCAGCGGACUUCUUUGACAGCUCCAUCCCAACCGUCCCGGCAGUCUCCCACUCGGGCUCGAUCGCCAAGGCGGAGGUGCAGGAGAAAAGCUCCGAGAAGAAGGACAACAUGGCUGAGGCGCUACCCGAGGGCUUCUUCGAUGACCCGGUACGGGACGCCAAGGUGCGCAACGUGGAUGCUCCUAAGGACCACUUGGAUAAGGAGUGGGAAGAGUUCCAGAAGGAGAUACGGCAGGUAAACACCAAAUCUGAGGCCAUUGUGGCCGAAGACGACGAGGAAGGCCGCCUCGACAGGCAGAUAGACGAGAUCGAUGAGCAAAUCCAGUGUUACAAGAGGGUGGAGAUGCUGAGAGACAAGAGGGACAUGGCAAAGAGAAGGUCUCAGUCUAGGAAGGAAGUUCCUAUGGAGACUGAUGCCAUUAUAGAGGAAGAGGAGAAUGAAGAGGAACUGCUGGGACUUCUGUAUCAGGACUGGAGGGCCAAAGGGGCAUUGGCAUGAUAAAUGUACAUACUGUUGUGAAAAUAUACACCAUCAACUGAACAUUUUGUAUUUAAUGUAUGUCACCAUUAAAUACCUGGAAAAAGCUAAUCAAAGACCACAGUUGAAACCUGAACUUUUUAUUCAUUGAUGCUCACACAAAAAAACACUAAUAAAAUCUCGUAGUAGCAGGCUAGCAGCAUUCAGAUCAGUGAUAGGUAACCAAUCCUCCUGGGGCCGUACUAAAUAAAUGAAAAAUUUUAAGAUUUUUGUUUUAUUUUCCCAAAUUUGUUUUACGGUUGCCCACCCCUGAUCUACAUCAACACAUUAGGAAGUUGCCCGCGCCAUUGCAUUCCAAGCUCGUUGUCGGAACUACUGCCAUGUAGUUGACAAUAACAGCUUUGUCAUAAAUAAAUGUGUACAUGUUACAUAAGAAAUUUGGAAAGCACAUCUUAAAAUAACACACAAUGUUUACAGAUUUUUAAAUGAAGUCAUCCAACACCCUGGGAAAAAAUAAAUGAGAUAUACACACACUGGUAUAUAUACAUACAUUUUUUUUUUUUUUU